AUGCGUGUUUUUGAUCCGUACCCGGGUGCCGAAACCUGGCCGCUCGACUUCAGCCUCGCCGACCUGCACGCCCUGACCUCGCAGGAACUUCUCUCCGUGUACCUCCACCCGCGCGCAACGAAGGCAGACAAGGACGAAGCGAAAGUCAUCUUCUGGCAGAGGCGUGUUCUCGCGCUCGGUCAGGGAAGGGAGGAAGGAUCGGCGGAGGCGACGGCGGAGUUGAGGCAGAUGAAGCGCGCGGAGGAGCGGCUUGCUGGACGGGCGCCGGGUAGUCGAGGAGCGGGAGAUAAGGAGGAGGAGACAAGUGGAGCAGGCGACGGCGGGAGGAAGAGGAAGAGGAAAGAGUCGGGGGCGACGUCUCUUCCGCCACAACCGAAACAGGCGCAAUCCUCUGCGUCGAGUCGCGCUGUUGCGAUUCCGCCUCCCCUUGUCGAGACCCUGCCUCUUCCCGACACUCCUUCACCACCUCACCCAGCUGGCUCAGGACCGAGUCUUUCUUCUCUCGCAACCAAUCACGCUCCCUUCGCCGAGACCUGGAGGCUGAACUUCAGCCUCGACGACCUCGACGACCUCCCAGCCUACCAGCUUCUCGCUAUCCAAGUCCACCCCUUCGCAGCCGACUUCCACCGUCGCGAGGCGCGGCAUAUCUACCGCUCAAGGAGACGUCUCGCCCUCAAUGCUGAGGCAGAAGAGGGUAGCUCGGCCGGUGAAGGGGCGAAGUCUCAGCAGGUCAAGAAGGCGCAAGACUGGCUUGCGGGAAGGAUGCCCGCCAAGGCUUCUGCCGUGCGUACUGCUGCACAGACCGGACAGGCGGGAAACGCAGAACAAAAGAAGAAGAAGGGGAAGAUUGCGAGCGUCAGUUCUUCUAGUGUUGCGGGCGAAAAGUCUGACGAGCCUGGAUCAAUGUACCGUACAGACGGCGAUUGCGGUAACGACUCGCACAAGCGCUGCGCCUCUACCACCUUCGACGUCCUCUAA